CGCCGCUUCGCUGUUUCCUGGACCCGACCGAGAUGGACGAGGGGGCGAGGAAGACGAUGGAGUGGCCGCCGCCGUCGACGUCGCCGUCGCUGGUGGUGCGGAGCCCCAGGCAGACGGUCAGCCUGAUCCGAAACCGCCGGCCGCACCGCGACUGGGACAACUCGUCGAGGUCCCCCUCCUUCGCCGCCCGCGACCACGGCCCCAAGCCGUCGGAGGUGUACGGCUUCGUCGGAUCCAUCACCACCGUCAUCGCCACCGCCGUCUACCUCGCAUGGGCGUACACGCCCGAGCCCGCUCUCCGGUCCCUCGGCAUCACCUACUACCCUAGCAAGUAUUGGGCAUUGGCGGUGCCAUCGUUCGUGAUCGUGGCCGUGGCGCUGUCCAUGGCCAUCUACAUGGGUCUCAACUUCGUCGCCACUCCUCCCCCGACUUCCGUCAGUACCAUCUUUGAUGAAAACAGCCGGGAGCGCAUGACGUUUUCUCCUGCAAUGGAAGAAGAGAGGCCCAUUGAACCCAUUUCAGACAUUAGUAUUGAUCAAAUCAACAAUCUUAUGUUUGGUGAUAGAUGAUUUAGGGUCUGUUUGGCAGAGCUCCAUCUGAUUCUGAUUGUGAGUUGAUUCUCUGAGAGAAGUGAUUAUGUGGUUGAAAGUGAUUCUCUUUGAUUCUCUAGCAUAAACUCUUGAAAUCAGGAUGGAGGAUCAAUUCACAGAAUCAGGAGAAGCUACUUUCCCCAGCUCCCAGCCUCUUAGUCAUUUCAGAGAAUCACUUUAGAAAAUCUGCAGAGAAUCACUUCUCUCUGAAAAACCAUUUGGUAAAGCUCCUGCUGGAAUUAAUAGAGAAUCAGUUCUGGGAGAUUUGUCAAACGCACCCUACUGCAGAUGGAAAAUGGGCCUACCUUGGAGCACAAGAUUGGAGACAGUAGCAACAUGAAGAAAGAAUCCACAUCAAGUGAACUUUCAGAUUGCCCUCAUAAGUCAUAACCAAUUGAGAAUUCCAUUCUUCAGUUUGUUUUUUUAGUGAAUUGUGAAGGAACCUCCAGCCUUCCUCUAUCUACAAUUUCAGCUGUACAGUAUUUAUUUGGGGUGUGCUGUAAUGAAAUGCAUUGUAAUACUAGUGCUUGCAUUUGCGCCAUGUUAUUUGGUGCUGAAGAUCUGUUUCAAAAAAAAAUAUUUAGUGCUGAAGAAUGAGGAGUUUCGUGCUCCCAGCUGCA